AUGGCUAAGUACAUGGAGAUCUUAGACGUUGGCAUUAGGAUCGUUGCAAGAUUUCACUCUCAUUGCCCUCAGACUGCUCGGCUGUACUACCACCCGCCCGUUGACAAUCACCAUGAGCAAGGUGGAGUUAGUAUCAAUUCUACUGGAGAGGCAACCAUCAACAAUAAUUGCAUCAUCCGAUCAGGUUCCUCUGCUAUGUUGAAGGGGGCAAAUAAUGUUGGUGUGGACUUUAGAGAGUUUGUUUUUCAUUGUUCUAUUUAA